ACACUCAUCUCGGUGUUUUCCUGCUGCCUGUUAGCUUAAAAUCGAGUCAUUUGUGUAGGUUGUGUGUUGCAGUAGACACACGAACAGACUGUAUUUAUAGAUUUGUGGAGCUAGUUUGGCUAACAAUUUAGCUAACGGUGACAGGCGUCGUUCUCCCCGGUCGUUCAGCCGAGGGGAAUUUCAUCUUGUCGUCUUGCUUUCGUUAGUAUCAAGGAUAUUAGUUAACGUUACAUAAUGUGGCGGUAAGCUCUUGUUAGCUUAAUACCAGUUUGUUUUUUUAAAUACGUCUCUGUCUCUUACGCCUGUUACUAACAUUUUAAUAGUGGUAGCUGGAUAAACAAUGGGCAUCAACAGAGUGUACAUUAGCAUAGGAUAUGCUACCUUUGGCACCCUGGUUGGACUUUCGGCUUUCUUGGUCUGGAACAUUGCAUACAAACAGCCAUGGACGGCGGCCAUGGGAGGCCUGUCAGGAGUUUUGGCACUCUGGGCUCUUGUCACACACGUCAUGUACCUGCAGGACUACUGGCGCACCUGGCUCAAAGGCCUCAAGUUCUUCAUCGCUGUUGGUGUGCUCUUCUCAGUUAUGGCAGUGGCGGCCUUCAUCACCUUCCUCACUCUCGCCAUCACACAGCAGCAAUCUCUCACUGACCCGAGGAGCCUCUAUCUCUCCUGUGUGUGGAGCUUCCUGACUCUCAAAUGGUCCUUCCUCUUAGCCUUAUACUCAUACAGAUAUCGCCAGGAGUUUGCCGACAUCAGCAUCCUCAGCGAUUUCUAGUCAGUGCUGAUUUUAUAGACUGUGAUGGACUUUGAAGGGUUUUAGGCUGCUGGCAGGAGCUGGUCAAAGGAGCAUUUGUAACAAAGCGGAGGAAAAGCAGACAUGGCUAGAUUAAAAAGUCAUCUGACUUUUACCACAUGGAGUUGCACUUGUUGCACUUGCUUAACAAGCUCUGUAUUUGUAUUCUAACCUGCUCUCCUACUUUCUAUGAUCCACAUAUUAUAUUCCUGUAAGUAGUCAUAAGCCUAAACCUCUGAGGACUGGAACUGCUUUUGAUCAAACUGCUCGAGGCUAUUUAUGAACAGACGUGCGGGUGGUUGUUCAGAUGGAUUUUAUUUUGAGAUUGUUUAAUCUUAAAACAGCUAAUAAGGAACAACAAGGAAAUUCUUCCUCUGUAACAGGCUUUUAAUCCAGUGAUAAGUCGUUCAAAUGAAAAUGAAAAUAUUCUCAAAGCUGAAAUUGUCUGAACCAAAACUAAAACCUCCUACCUGAAGCCGCUCUGCUAAUGCUAGGUUGACAGUGUUUGUUGGAGUGCUUGAAUGUUUGUUCCCAAAUGAGCUUUUUCAUAGUUUCAGUUUUGAACCACAGAAUACUCAUAUCUCUAGACAGUCACUGUCUUAGUGUCCGCAAAGUCAAUCUCUUAGCUCCCUUCAUCGUCAGUGAACCAUGAGAAAUAAUUUUUUUAAAUUCAGAAACUGUUUUUCUCCCUUUAUAGUCUGCUUUUCUUGUCAUGACACCUGAAGAAAAAGCAUUCCUGUGGAAUUUGUGCUUUUCAUCUUUUGUUCCACCAGGGGGCGACUUGCUUUUUUUUUCUGCCAAGAGUCCAUUUGAAAAUUCUGACAUGCCUGUUAAGAGAUAACACAAAUGGAUUUGAUGAGUAAUUGCACUUUAGUCUUUUAUAUUGACGCCAUUUUUUUGCACACAAAUCCUGAUACAAGGGUGGGGGUGGGGGGAUCACGUUUUACACAAUGUUGUGUGUCUCCCCUUUUAAAUGUUGAAAUACACCGUUUAUAUGUAUCAUUUAUGUUAUAGUUAGUAUGAUUUGUGCUGGUCAGGUCACACUAGGAUUGUCUAGGUUUCAGCUGUUGCUUAUCUCUACCUUUUAUCAUAAAACAUGUUCAAAUGUAUUUUUGUUGACGAGCGAAUGAAUGUGAGGAUGCUACAUGUAUAUAGAAACUGGCCCCAUUAAAGUUGCAUUUAUUGUU